AUGUAUCAAGAUCAGAAGCCCGUAUUCAGAAGGCAUGACCAGCCUGAAAACGUCCUCCGUCCCGCGGAGACCACAGACGAGGGCCAAAUGCUUCAGGUAAUGGGCUACGAACAGCAAACCGUUCGUAAUUAUUCCAUUCUAUCGCUGCUGGGGAUGGGUUUCGCUCUGACCAAUUCGUGGUGGGCGAUAUCGACGUCCAUGAUUGUCGGACUUCCCAGCGGUGGCACCGUGGGGAUCAUUUAUGGCCUCUGCCUCCUUUUCCUGGCUUCGCUGUGUGUUGGGGCGACCCUCUCAGAGCUAGGGUCGGCCUAUCCGAAUUCGGGCGGUCAAUACUACUGGACCAGUCAGCUGGCACCGCGCUCAACGCGACGGUUGCUAGCAUAUGUCACGGGCUACCUCAGCUGGGCUGGGGCAAUCUUCACAAGCGUUUCCGUCGCCAUCGCUGUUGGACAGGGCAUUGUAGGCAUGGUCCAAUACAACCAUCCCGAGCUCGUCAUCGACCGGUGGAUGGUGUUCCUGACAGCCGAACUCGUAAAUGUUGCUGCUGCGUUAUUCAAUCUCUACAGUAAGUUCCUGCCGACCAUCGCCACCGUUAGCCUCUACGUCACGCUGUCUGGCUUCAUCGUCACUUUCGUCACCGUCAUGGCGUCCUCAUCUGGAAAGUACAAUUCGUCCGACUUUGUCUUCACGCACUUCGUCAACGAGACGGGCUGGUCGAACGAUGCCGUUGCCGUAAUAGUGGGCCUCAUCAAUCCAAGUUGGGCAUUUCCUUGUCUGGAUGCAGCAACACAUCUUGCCGAAGAGUGCGCGAGACCGGAGCGCGCGAUUCCGAUUGCCAUCAUGGGAACGGUUAUCAUUGGAUUUUCCACGUAA